AUAAAAAUGUUCCGGUUGAUGAAAAGCUCAUCAACAGGGUUCAAGCAGAUAAUAUUGUCUCACACAUCAGAUGCCCGGGUUGGGUUAAGACUGCUCAGUAUAAGCGCUGCCAGGCUACAGUCUGGUGAAACACAAAGUCUGAGCUCUAGUGAAACAUACACUCAACUCAGUGAACAAACUAAUAAUACAAUUAAUAAUACCAGAGAAGAACUUCCGGAUUCCUUUAAAUCAGUUUUUGAAAAUGAAGAAACCAACAUUAUCAGCAACCUUGCUGAACCUUCCUUUCUAGAGUUGGGUUUGGGACACAACUACCCAUCAGGGAUGGUUCAAACUCUCAUGGAAUUCUUACAUAUUGAUAUUGGUUUACCCUGGUGGCAGGUUAUAGGUGCAACAACUCUCACACUUCGCUUUCUUCUCUUCCCUGUCGUCGUUGUAGCACAGAGGAAUAUGGUUACUCUUAAUAAUCACCAGCCUCAGAUUCAGAAACUACAGAUUCAGCAACAAAUGGCAAGUCUCAGGGGGGAAACAGAUAACGCAGUGUUUGCUGCAAAAUGUCUGGGUAACUAUAUGUCAGUUCACAACUGCCACCCGGGUAAAGCUAUGCUUCCUUUAGUGUUUCAGGCCGGUUGCUUUAUGACAAUGUUCUUUGGUCUGCGAGGAAUGACGAAUGUACCGGUUCCUUCUCUACUUACUGGAGGAUUCCUCUGGUUCCACGAUUUAAGUAUGGCGGACCCCACGUAUAUUCUCCCUUUAAUAACAACAAGUACAAUAUAUCUACAACUAUACCUGGGAGCUGAUGGGUUAAAUACAUCUACAAUGCCGGAUUUGAUGAAGAAGAUGAUAUAUAUACUGCCCCUGAUAUCUAUCCCGGUGAUGAUCCAGUUCCCUGCAGCUUUAAACCUUUACUGGUUUUCUAACAACGUUAUUUCAGUUAUCCAGGCACAAAUUAUCAGGCAUCCACAGAUUCGGCUUCAACUAGGUAUUGGAGAAAUGAUUAAAUGGAAACCGGAAGACUUACCAAUGAAAAACUAUCAGGAGGAGAUACAACGUGAGAUGCAAAUACAGAAGAAGAAGCGAGAUAAACUGGAAGCAACGAAGAAACGUGAGAAGGAGGAGAGGUUAGAACGUGAGCUACGGAAGAGGGAGGAGCUCUUAGCUGCUCUAGAAGCAGAGGACAACAAGAUGAAAGAGACAGAACGUACCAAAGACAACAGAACAAAAUAAAUUGAUAAAUUUUCAGAAA